UUAUUACAAGAUAUAUUUAAAUCGAUUUAAUUAGCGAAUGUUAAAAAACGACAAAAGCAAAAACUAGAACAAAAUAAAGGCCUCUAAUAAGCUAAACCAACAAAAAUCCAGCUGUAUAAAAUAAUAAUAAUCGGGACAUUACUUAAAAAUAAAUCAACAGUUGCUCUUUUGCAAAUGGCAUUAAUGGAUGUUAAUGGAAGAUUGCGACAUGAUACGAUGCAAUUUGGACCAUGAAACCUUAAGUGGAGUAUAAAACAGUUUCACAAUCUGUAGAGCAUAUCAGUAGCAAUUCUUGAGCCACACCGCUCUGAUGGCAGUUAAAUCAUAAAAAUUAUCCAAAAUUACAACAACUCACACUUCGAAGCAACCACAAGGACACUCCAAUCACACAGAAGGAUACAACGAAUGAAAGUAGUUCAAGCAUUUUCCAUGUGCAUUUCCAAAGUUUUUCAACAGGCCGACCAAAGACACACACAACCAUGCUAAGCCACUCUUUUUGGGUGCUGUCAUCGCUGCUGAUCCUUUCGUGUACCUUUCGAAAUGUGACAUCGCGCACAGCCACCGGUUCGACGGCGCAACAGCUAUCCGCGGGCCAGACUAAAGAUGACAAAUCAUCGGCCAGCUCGGGUGCGAGUAGCUCCGUUGCUAUAUGGGGUGACCUCUCACAGGCCUACAAAAUAUAUAAGCAAUGCGCGCAGGACAAUACGUCUGUGUGUCUGAAGAUGAAACUACUAACGGGGUUGCAGCGGGUGUUGCGCUCCUCAAAAGUUCUCAAUAUAAUAGACGGCGUGCGAUUUGUCAAAAGCACUGAUGAUAAUGGAGGCGACGGUGGUCAAGCGAAUUCAGUGAGUUUCACAAAUGAGAAGGACCUGGAGGCGGAGUUGCCACGUGGCGCUACUGCUAGGGAACACAUUCUACACAGUCUGAUUGCGCGAGAAUUUUCAAACUUUCUACAGAACUUUACCUUGCAGGUGAAAUUUCCUAAUAUACAAGGUUCGAGAGCGGAAAACAAUGAAAUUGUAACGGAAAGUCGUAAGAAAAAGGAUAAAAAAGGCGGUGGUGGCGCUUACAUAAUGAUUCCAUUGUUACUCGGCGGCACAUUCAUACCGAUUGCCUAUGGUGCUCUGGCCAUGCUGGCGGGUAAAGCGUUAAUCGUUUCCAAGCUGGCGCUGGUGCUCGCCUCCAUUAUCGGCAUUAAGAAACUACUUAGUGGUAAUAGCAAGGAUUCGCAUGAAGUUGUUGUCUCGUCCGGUGGCCAUUCCGGUUGGGGUCGAGACAUGGAUCUCGCUUACAGUGGCUGGAAACCGGGCAAGGAGCAUACAAAGACAGUGUAGAGUAGUUAGUGAAACGAGUGGAACGCGUUCAAUAACAGAAUGCAAUGACAGCUGGACCAAAGAUGUUGACGACGAAAGCUAGUUAAAUAUUCUUUUUUAUUUAUUUAUAUACUUAGUUAUUUUAAAUCCAGAACUAUGACGGUCGAACAUGUGUGUUAAGUUUUCGCCUUUAGUUAUUUAGUUUAAAUCAAUAUUUAUAUUUAUAAAUAAGCUCAUAAUGAAAAUAAAAACAUAAGUUGUUUCAAAAAGUA